AAGAGAAAGAAGAAGAGAUCAUAGAGACAGAAGAACCCACACCACACGGCGACACAUUUGGUACGUCUCGCGGCUCGGAGCCUGGCGCGUACGUACAAGCUAACUCGGUGGUGGGGAUGACGAGGCGGUGCUCGCACUGCAGCAACAACGGCCACAACGCGCGCACCUGCCCCGCCCGCGGCCUCAGCGGCGGCGGAGGCGGCGGAGGCGUGAGGCUGUUCGGCGUGCAGCUCACGUCGCCGCCGGUGGCGGCGAUGAAGAAGAGCGCCAGCAUGAGCUGCAUCGCGUCGUCGCUCGGGGGCGGGUCCGGGGGGUCAUCGCCGGCGGCGGGGGCAGGGGGCGGGGCCAGGGGCGGCGGAGAGGGCGCCCAGGGGUACGUCUCCGACGACGCCAUGCACGCCUCCUGCUCGACCAAUGGCCGGGGCGAGCGCAAGAAAGGUACACCUUGGACUGAAGAAGAGCAUAGAAUGUUUCUGUUGGGUCUUCAGAAGCUUGGUAAAGGAGAUUGGCGAGGGAUAUCUCGUAGUUUUGUUGUUUCCAGGACCCCAACUCAGGUGGCCAGCCAUGCGCAGAAGUACUUUAUUAGACAGACAAACUCGUCAAGACGGAAGAGGAGGUCAAGCUUAUUUGACAUGGUCCCAGUAAUGCCAAUGGACGAGUCCCCCGAUGGCGUGGAAGAGUUUAUGCUUUGUGAUACACAAGAUGAAGGAAUAAGUUCAAAUAAGAUGUCACUGUUUCAUAUUGGUGAACAGGAUGAAGCAGAGUUUGAUGGAGAUCUGCCAACGUUGCAACUAAGGCAGCAUCAGGAAUCUGAAUUUGCGGGGCCUUCAUUAGAAGCUCCAAAUUUGGAGAUGAACCAUGCCGUAUCAUUCAAUGCCGCACCUGUCCCGAUAAUGCCGACAUUCUACCCAGAAUUGCUCCCUUCUUCACUAACACUUUGGCCAACAAAUGUUGCUACUCUGGAAGAAGCAGGCACAGCCCAUGAAGUCCUAAAGCCCACUCCUUUGAGUGGGAAGGAAGGGAUUAAGGCAGAUGAGAUUGUCAGUAUGUCCAAGCUCAGCAUUGGUGAUGGUAGCUCCGGCUCAAUGGAACCUUCUGCCCUUUCCCUUCAGCUUACCGGAUCGACAAAUACAAGGCAAUCAGCUUUUCAUGUGAACCCUUCAAUGGCUAGAACUGACCUAAGUAAUGGAAACAACAGCCCUAUUCAUGCAGUUUGAUAAAUCAUGGAAUGAGCCAGCCUGGUCAAUUCUUACAGAUUGUAUUAAUGGUCCCAAUACCCUAUAAUGUUGUGUAAGCUCCUGACUCCUGAGCCUGUACUUCUGUAAGCUUCUAAGCUAAUGUAUCACCAUCUCAUGUUUUUGUCAUUAAUAAAAGUAGAGAUACAUAUGUCAA